AAGCAAUCGAACACGGUGUCUGGUUUCACAUAGGUUGUCGACGAGACUGUCAUUUAUGGAUCAUCUUUGAGCGAUGCCAACGUGACCUCGAAAACAUCCUCUUUGUGACUGGUAUAUAAAGAAGGCUGCAAAUUCGUUAUGAUGGCCAGUACUUGGUCAUCACCUGAGUGAAGAACCAGGUACACAUAUAUUUUACAUCUACGAAAUUACAACUCGAUAGUAAUUUCUAAGUUAAACUGUACAAGUUCAAAUAGUUGUUUCUAUAAGUAAGGAUUAUCCAUUAAUCGCUUUGUGGUCAAGAUGGUUUCAGAAGUGCUAAUCGGGCGAGAAACCUAUAAAUCACCAUAUAAAGCUGAUUUAACCAGUUAUCGUAGUUUUGCCUUCAACGUUAUGUAAUCAUACAAGUAAAUGUAAGGGAUAUGUAUGUUACUUCAUCUAAGUCACAUCAAUCCACCUAGUUUGUCAAAAUAUAGUGUAAAUCUUAGUUACUGGCAGCACAUGACCUCACAUCAGUUUGUUUAAUUGACAGUACAUUGUACUUACAUUUGUUGACAUGACCAUAUCAUCUUGAUAAACCAAGUUACACGAUUUGCCAGAAAAAAGCGAAUCGCAUUAAAAUUAUGGCUGAAAAUCCAGUGCACAUGACCUUCAUUACUCAUUCUGGUAUAAUAGUUACCUCGUUCUUUGAAGUUAAGUCUCGAUUUUUAUGAAUUUUUUUGUUUAGUUGCACGGAGAUGACGCUCCGAGCUGGUGCGUCUAAUAUUUCUGUCCGAGCAUGGCGUCGCUACUUCACUCUGUCAUCUGUUGAUGCAGUCAUCGAAUUGAUGCGAGAAGUGUUUAUUAGUUGUGGAGUAGUCUUUUCUGAUGAGCAGACAGGAAUGAAGCAUCUGAAAACUAAUACCAUCAAUAAUUCUGAGAUGUGUGACAUUGGAGUCGAUUCCUCCAUCAAAGAGCCUAAUUUGGCUUUCAUUUCUAUUGUAUUAGGUUACGUAGAAAAUCAUCUUACUUCUAGCACAUCAGAAGACUUUGAUUCUAUAAAACUAAAAAAUACUCUUCAUCGCAAACUUGUAUCCCGAAGAAAGGAAAAUUUACCUCAAAAUUACCCCCGUUCACGUUCAUCUUCUCUUACAAAAUCACAAUCACCCUUAUCUAUUCAUCUUGAAACACCAGAAGAACAGUCAGAAGGUUCUAAUGACCACCUGGAACUGAACAAUAAGUUAAGUUCUCUUCCCAGAUCUUUGUCAUCAAAUGUAUUCUUACAAGAAGCUAUUCACGAAUCUCCUGUAUGUCGUCGUCGUGCUAGACGAUUUGGUUCUGCUCGUCGUGUUCGUCAACGAAACGAGUCUGAAAUAUCUACUUCUGCAGCAACUGCAAUUGAAUCCCCACUCACUAUUGCUGCUAAAGAUGAACCACUACAAAUACUCACAGAUAUACCAGUUAGAAAGCGACGUCGAUUUUCUGAUAGCACUCUACCAAAUUCAGCUUUUCCAUGUUUAACAUUUGAUGAACUUGAACGCUUGUAUUUAGAUUUCUACAAUCUCAUCACUAAUUCUCCUAAAUUGAAACCUUUUAUAGCAGACACAAUCAGUUUUAUUAAUGGAUCAGAGUCUAAAACACAGAAAUUUCACUGUACUUCAACAUUAACGCCAGCAAAGAAAUACGCAUGUCGUGCACUUAUCUCUGCCAUAUGUGAAGUUUUAUGGAGCCAAAUGACAGCUAGUCGUGUCAAAGAACGAUUGACGCAUACACAAAGCGUGUAUUCUUUUCUAACAACGGGCAUUCUAGAUAGUUUCGGAUUGGCGUAUACAGUUGUAGCGGCCUGCCAACUCCUCGGUUAUUCUGAUGUAGACCUAGCAUUAUCCGAAGACCACGGUUGGGUUGAAUUUGGUCCCCCGGAAUCUCGUCAGACAGCUGAUGUAGCUAGUUGGGUACAGGAAUCUCAUACAUCUGCCAGUUCGCAUAAUUCGGAAUUCUCUAAUUCGCAUGAUGAAUUGGUGCAACAAACAGAGCACUCUAGGACCAGAAAAACAUCGUCGUCUACUGAAGAUGAGCAUAAUCCACCUUCCAUUCGCAUUCCACCACUCGAACAUUCUUGGCUUUAUGUAAGUGGAUAUCCGGUAGUUUGUCGUCCACGCAUAAUGGCUGUAGCUGCUGCGAUUGCGGCGAUACAACCAGGGGCUUCAUUAUCUGCUGUCACUCAAGCUCCAACUUCAGAACCUUUUGCUUAUGGCACGCUUUCACCAAAUCCUUCACUAUCCUCCGGUGGUGACCUUAUUACACCUACCGGUUUAGUUAAGCAUUUAUCAUCAGCAUCAGUGAUCUCGAUGCAGCUGGUUACAUUAAAGCAUCAACUUUUAUGGUUAUGCUUCGAUGCUGGUUGUCUAUCACGUUAUCCUUUGGGGUUAACUAAUUUAGGUGAUUUAGAAGAUGCAUUUCCUACUAUGGGACGACUUGCUACAUAUUUAAAUUCAUUACAUUCAUCAGUUAAAACAAAUUUAAAAUGUACUAGUGAUUUGACGAAUGAAUUAAAUGUUUUGGUGGAUCAGUCUAACUGGUUGUCAUCUAUUUCACCGUCCACUACUACUGCUACUACUACUUCAAUUCCAAAUUCACAUAUAAAACUGUCAGAGGGGCCGAAUUCUCAAUUGCCAGAAACUGUUUCACUGGCUUUGGCUCUUUACAAUCGUGCUAUUUUAGUCAAUCAACACUAUUAUUCCAAUCGUCAUGUUUAUCCGUAUACAUGCUUGGCGGGAUGUUUGUACAGGCAUGGAGAUAAUCGAAGUGCAUUGCGCUACUGGGCAGAGGCAUCUAAAGUUAUCGGACAUUAUAAUCAUACAUCUGAAGACUGGGAAAUUUAUCGUGAGCUUUUAGAAAUUGCCACACAUUUAAUGCCUCAAAUGUUUCGAUCGGCUAGUGAGAAUUCACAUUUUUGUUCUGAAGGUUUAGUUGACACUGAUCCCGAUGGAUGCCUAUAUCAACCAGAUAAUAUUCUGGAUGAUCCACACUGCCUUUCUUAUCUGUUAUCAUUUUAUGAUCAUUUAUGUUUAUGGGAAGAAGGUUCACCUGUGCCAGUUUUACAUGUAGGUUGGGUUGAUAAAUUAAUGGUAAAUUUGACACGAUUUACUCAACGUGCUAGACGUCAUCUUUGCUUAUCUGUAGCAUCCGAUAAAGAAGAUAAUAAAAGUGAUAUUGUCCAUUCACCUGCAUUAACACAUUCGACAUGUAGAUCAAGUCGAUGGACAACUGAAUCAACUGAUACAACAAGUGAAACAGGAGUACUGAAUAUGAAUAACAUAAAACGUACUCGUCGACAUCGAUCGAAUCAAAUCGAUGCCACAUCUAAUUUGUCUACUCCUAUCGCUAAAAAUGAUCUUCCAAAACCGAAUGAUGAUAUUGAUGAUGUAAAUGCUAAACCUGAACUAAUCAAUGAUUAUUAUACUGAUGGAAAUAUCCAGUCUCCAUCUUCUGUAAUAACAAAUCAAGAUAUAACUUAUGAAACGUCUACAGUAGUUACAAGAGCACAAAAUAACAAGAGCGAUAUGGAAACGGAUUCAUUAGUGGAAGCUAACAAGGGUUCUAAUCCUCAUAUAGUAAAAUCUUGUAGAACUUCUGUCACAGUUGAAAUACCCGAAGAAACAUCCAACACAAAGAUAUCUAUUAAAGAAUCCUAUUCACCCAAUACAAAAUCUGUCCAAUCAUCCACUCAUACAAAUUCAAUGUUUGAUGAUAUUCAAUCUGAUGCGGAUCAGAUUUUGUUGGAUACUGAGGAACAAGAUGGAUCACCUUCUCCACUAAUGGAUUUUCCUAAUCAUGAUGAUUUACUUGCAAGUUUAGUUGAAGCAUGUGAUCAUCGUCUGUUGAAUCCAGCUUUUCUAUGGGGCAUGGAACCUCAUUCACCUUUUCUGCCAGCUAAUGUUGCUCCAGAAGAAGCAUUAAAUCGUCUAAUGACAGUAUUAGAAGAAAGUAAACCAUCUGCUUCCAUAAUACACAAUUCAAAUGAUGUCAUAUCUACCGAAACUAUGGUUCAUCAUAUUUUUCCAACACCUCCAAAUUCUGGAAGUUUCACUGGAUCCUCGGAAAAUAUCAUCCAUGAAGAAUCAACUCCAUCUACUACAUUAUCCCAUACAACACUAUGUACAUCACCUCGAGUUCCAGAAAGUUCAGUACGUGAAAUAGAAAAGUUAACAUCAACUGCAGUAACCGUCCCAAUUUGUUUAGAAAAUCAAGAACAUUCAACUAAUUACCCUGGUGAUAGAAAUAAUAAUUUAGAAAUCACAUUAAAAACAAGUUCUGUAUUACCAACAGAAAAGCAUAUAUUGUUUCAGGACAAUUUCGACACUGUCGAUGGCGGUUGUAAUAAUAAUGAUAACAAUAAUAAUAAUGGUGAUGGUGUUUCGUCAGAAGAUUUUGACCUGUUAACUAAUAUUCCUAAUGAAUUAAUGGAUUCUGUCGCCAGCCUAGUAGUUGAUAAUCACAAUCACCAUCAAACUGAUCAUCAAAUCAAUUCAAACAGUCCUCCUACUGAUUUUUUUGAUUUGUUAUUAGAAUCAGAGAAUAAUUUAAAUACAACAUUAUGUAAUCAACAUCAAUGUGAAAUAGAAAAUCAAGAACAAAAUAUAAAUAUUAAUGGUAAUAAUAGUGUUGUCAACCAGUCGUCAACAAAUCAUCGUACAGUUAAAACAAUGGAAGAAUUAACUGUUCACUUAUCAUUAUAUUCAGUUAAGAUGGCUUCAAUUAUUGAAUUGUUACGAGCGCCUAGAUUGAAUUCCUCUGCGAUUAAACUAGCAUUGACAGCACAAAGUCAAGUGUGUGUUCGCCGAUCUAGUAGUGUACAUUCUAAUUAUUUUUAAUCGUUUUUCCUUCAUUGCAUUGUUGUAUGUAUUUAUUAUUCAUUCUUUGUGGUAUAUAUAUAUAUAUAUAUAUAUAUAUAUAUAUAUAUAUUGAAGCUUAUUAGUCUAACUGGAUCAUUUGUUUGUGUAUAUGUGUGCAAAUGUACAUAGAUACUUAUUAUGUGUCCGUAUGCUUGAUUCAAGUGUUCAUUAUUCUUUUUGUAAUUUAUCUUUCGUUUUGUUCAUUGUUUAUUUUUUUCAAAUCUAUUAUAAACACUAGAUUAUUGUUACCUUUGUUAAUUAGGGAUAGAAUCAUUAAAUCAUGUCUAUUAUUUUCAAUUGUCAGUUUUGCAUUAUGAUAUUUCUCGUUUCUUUUUAAUUGUUAUCUGUACAUAAGCGUAUGAGUAUAUUCGUGUAUUCAUACGUUGCUCUUAUGUUUUAUUUCAAUGCGUUAGUUAACACAUUUCUAUCCAUCUAGAAAUACCAUCAAUAACUAUUAUCAUUCAUUUUAUUGAACCAUUAAAUCAUUCAUUUUUGCUACAUAUACGUGUAUUAUAUGUCGUUAAGAGAAUUACUUGAGGCUUUUACUUUCUCAGUCUAAUCAAAAGUAUCCCCGAAUUCCCCUUAUAUAUAUCAGUGCAUAUUGAAAUUUCCUUUUUCUGAAAUUCAGUUGUUCUUCCUAAAUAGUAUUUAACUAUUACAUUUUACCAGUUGUACACACACCUUUCUUAGAUUGUCUUUUUAUGCCUAAUUCUCUCUCUCUCUAUUCACAUCCUCUCAUCAGCCAUUAUUACCAUUCUCCAUUGUCCAUACAUACAUAUGAUUCACUUUUUUAAAAAAAAAGCUAUUUUGUUUAAAAGUAACUACAAAACUAUUUUUUUUGUGUGUCUUCAAAAGAGGAAUUUUCAAAAUAUUUUUUCUAUCGUUUUGUAACCUACAUUAAUUGUGUAUUAUUAUUAUUAUUAUAAGUGUAUAUUGAUUCGCCUGUACAUUCUACUUAUUUUUCUAUUAUUUUACUCAGACUAUGUAUGUGUGCUUACUUAUUGUUUACAUGUGUUUUUUUUUAAUAUUUGACUCACGUUGAAACACGACCAAAACAUGUGUAUGUAUAUUUCAUUGUAUUUACUUUUUACACAGUAACUAAUAUAUCUAUCUGCGUUUUUCUCAUUCAAAUAUAUGUUGUUUUGUAUGUGUACAUGUGUGUGUACGUUUUGUAAAGUUGACAUGUAACUCUUUUACCUCUUGGUGUCGUCCCACCACCGGUUGAUUCCUUUUCUAUAUUUUUUUAUUAGAAAAAAAUCUUUACCAAACAUGUGUUUUGACCUCAGAUUAAAUUUUAUCGAAUUUGUUUAUUUACAUUUUUAUUUAUUUAUUUAUAAAAAAAACUUAUAGUUUAUUUGAUUGUUCUAAAUUCCGGUGAAUUAAUUCAUUCGUAUUAUAUCUAUGUAAAUCUGUAAAGAGUCACUAUAAAAAGCCUUUUGUGUUU